UCAUCGUCUCUCUCUCUACUUGCUGAACUUUUUCUUCUUCUUCUCCGAAUUGUGGAAUUGUGAUUUGAUCGGAAACUUCAAAUGUUCAAUCAGUUUGGUUCGACGUCGGAAACUCUGAGCAAAGCUUCAGCUGUGGUGCUACGGAUCGGCACUGACGCUCAUCUUUAUGAUGAUCCAGAGGAUGUCAACAUUGCUCCACUUUUAGAUAGCAAGUUCGAAUCCGAGAAAUGUGAAGCUCUUAAGCGUCUCCUUGCUCUCAUCGCUCAGGGCUUUGAUGUCUCCAAUUUCUUCCCUCAGGUGGUGAAGAACGUUGCGUCACAAUCAUCGGAAGUGAAGAAGCUAGUUUACUUGUAUUUGCUUCAAUAUGCGGAGAAGCGUCCAAAUGAAGCAUUGUUAUCGAUCAACUAUUUUCAGAAGGACUUGGGGGAUCCAAACCCAUUGGUUAGGGCUUGGGCACUUCGUACAAUGGCAGGGAUUCGCUUACAUGUUAUUGCACCUCUUGCUCUUGCUGCUGUGAGUAAAUGUGCUAGGGAUCCAGCUGUCUAUGUCAGAAAAUGUGCUGCAAAUGCUCUUCCUAAGUUGCAUGAUUUGCGUCUUGAAGAACAUGCUCCUGCUAUUGAAGAGAUAGUUGGGAUAUUAUUGAAUGACCAUUCUCCAGGAGUCGUUGGAGCAGCGGCAGCGGCAUUCACCUCAAUUUGUCCAAAUAACUUUGAACUAAUUAGAAAGAACUAUAAGAAGUUGUGUCAGAUUCUUCCUGAUGUAGAAGAGUGGGGUCAGAUAUUACUCAUAGGAAUUCUUUUGCGCUAUGUGGUUGCAAGGCAUGGACUUGUACGGGAAUCUUUGAUGUUGUCCCUACAUGGUAUGGAUAGUAAUGGUUUCUGUGAGAAGGAUGGCCUAGUCAGAGAUCUUACAUUGGAUAAAGAAGAUGGUGGUAAAAGUGAUUCAUUUGAUGUUAAUCUGGUCAACGUUGUAUCUAAAUGUUACAUUGAAGGUCCAGAUGAGUAUUUAUCUAGAUCUAGUUGCCCCGAUACAGUUACAUCUGCAUUCGAUAGCAAAGAGACCACAUCUAUUGCACAUAAUGAAGAUGUUAAGAUCCUGCUUCAGUGUACAUCCCCAUUGUUAUGGAGUAAUAACAGUGCGGUUGUACUAGCAGCAGCUGGCGUUCAAUGGAUAAUGGCACCUCUAGAAGAUGUUAAAAAAAUUGUUAAACCGCUCUUGUUUUUGCUUAGGUCAUCCAGCGCCUCCAAAUAUGUGGUCCUCUGCAAUAUCCUAGUUUUCGCCAAAGCAGCCCCUUCUCUCUUUGCUCCACACUUUGAAAAUUUCUUUAUUUGUUCCUCCGAUGCAUAUCAAGUUAAAGCACAUAAGCUGGAGAUGCUUUCUCUCAUUGCUACCGCUUCAUCUAUCACUUCAAUUUUGCGAGAGUUUGAUGAUUAUAUUAAAGAUCCGGACAGAAGAUUUGCAGCUGAUACAAUUGCAGCAAUUGGUUUGUGUGCGAAGAGACUGCCAACAAUUCCAACUACAUGUCUUGAUGGAUUGUUAGCACUAGUUCGACAAGAAUCUUUUGCUGGCGAUCCCGAGUCGGUAGAUGGAGAAGCAGGAGUGUUGGUGCAAGCCGUGAUGUCGAUUCAAACUAUCAUAGAGCGAGAUCCUGAUAGUCAUGAUAAAGUGAUAAUUCAGCUGUUUCGUAGUCUGGAUUCAAUAAAGGUAGCUGCUGCUCGUGCAACUAUUAUUUGGAUGGUUGGGGUUUACUGCUCUUUGGGUCCUAUCAUUCCUAGGAUGUUGACCACGUUAACCAAGUACCUUGCAUGGAGCUUUAAAUCAGAGGCAUCAGAGACAAAACUACAGAUUCUUAAUACUACGGCUAAGGUUCUAAUAAGUGCAAAGGUUGACGACUUUCAGAUGUUGAAAAGGAUUAUGGUUUAUAUGCUUGAAUUGGGCGAAUGUGACUUAAGCUAUGAUAUUCGUGAUCGAACUCGUUUCCUUAAGAAGCUGCUGUCAUGCAAAUUAGCUUCUAAUGAGCCCACAGAAGACAGUGUUGCAUCACAAGAAAAUAUUGCAGUGCAUGUUGUGGAACAUGUAUUUGGGAGAAAACUGAAACCUUUUACACCUGUAGCUCUAAACGAUCGUUUUUAUCUCCCGGGAUCUCUGUCACAGAUAGUUCUUCAUGCAGCCCCUGGAUAUGAACCUCUUCCAAAGCCCUGUAGUUUUGUGUUUGAAGAACAUGACCAGCUGUCAGAUUUAGAUAGACAAAGAGAGGCCGGAGCUGAACUGGAUGGAUCUCAGGAAUCCUCUGAAACAGGGGAUGAAGAUGGUUCCUCUGAUUAUGACACUGAAUCUUCUGUUGGUUCAGAGUUCAGCAGUGACGAUAAUGAAAGAAAAGUAUCUAAUGAUGCCAGCGAUCCAGCUGCUCCUUUAAUUCAAAUUUCAGAUACUUCUGUUUCCGCUGACCAGGAAGAACUAAGGUCCAAAAGGGCCCUGGAUUUGUGGUUAGAUGAUCAGCCUAGUACAUCAAAUCAAACUCCAUCUGCAGUAAAUAGUAAUCAGAGCUCUUAUGCGAAGAUAUCCAUUGGUGAUAUAGGAAGCCGAGUGAAGCCGAAAAGCUAUAGUCUCUUAGACCCUGGAAAUGGCAGUGGCUUGAAGGUAGACUAUGCCUUUUUAUCUGAAGUCUCUACUGUAUCCCCAUUACAUGUUUGCGUAGAAGUUCUGUUUGAGAACAGUUCUGGGGAACCUAUCCUGGACGUGAAUUUGGAAGAUGAAGAAUCAAUGAAGGUAGCAGACUCUUCUGAACAGACUUUGGUUGGUAAAGCAAAUGCAUCUUACAACAAUGUGCCAACACUAAUUCCACUUGAGGAAAUCAGUUGCCUUGAACCACGCCAGAGUGCAAAGAGGCUUAUCCAGGUUCGGUUUCAUCACCACUUGCUUCCCAUGAGGUUAACCUUGCAUUACAAUGGAAAGAAGGUUCCUGUCAAGUUACGACCUGAUCUUGGAUACCUUGUGAAACCAUUCUCAAUGAGCAUCGAGGAAUUCUUAGCCACAGAAUCUCGAUUACCUGGAAUGUUUGAGUAUAGUCGAAGGUGCACAUUUGACGAUCAUGUUAAAGAUUCAAGGAUGGAGAAUGGGAAAGACAAGUUUCUCAGCAUUUGCGAAUGUAUAACACUAAAGGUGCUUAGCAACUCAAAUCUACACCUUGUGUCUGUGGAUUUACCAGUUGCAAAUACACUCGAAGAUGCAACUGGCCUGCGAUUAAGAUUCGGCAGCAAAAUCUUGAGCAGUGAGAUCCCUCUUUUGAUUACCAUCACAGUCCAAGGCAAAUGCACCGAAGUUCUGAAUUUGACAGUCAAGAUCAAUUGCGAAGAAACGGUUUUUGGUCUGAACCUGUUGAACAGGAUAGCUAAUUUCAUGGUUGAGCCGUCUUCUUUAACCAGUUGAUCAGCGAAAUAGAGAAUUUUUUUUAUUUAUAUGGUUCAAAAAUACGUAAACAUGUGUAUCCUACUAAACCCUGUUUUGUAACAUUUUUUUUUUGCUUAUACAUUUCUGUAUAAUUUUAUUAUAAAUACAAUGAGAUUUCAUAAACAUGCUCUUACUAAGUUAAAGAUUCUCUACAACCAACAAAUCAUGAUACAUUAUGAAGAUUAAAUAAUAUUUUUUUCAAACUUAUGAAUAGCUUAAUGAUGUUGACACUAAAGAUAAAACAGUAACAUAGAAUCAGCAAAACAGUAAGGAACGAAACUAAUCAAACUGGCUGUGCUUCCAUCCUCCAAAUACUUCUCCAUCCAUUGCCCUGUCUUGC